AUUGUUGACAGCCGGUAGUCGGCGCGAGCGUGUGAAAUAAAAACAUUGGUCAAUGUGUUUUCGUAACAGAUUUUACAUCGCUUAUAAGAAUCGAACAGAAGUCUAGGAAAUAUGUUAUCACAUUUAAGAUUCACCAACAGAAAACGUCAAUAUCUACGACUUCUAUUUAAUUCAUCAAAACCACCUAAUGUUUCAUCAUGUUCUGCAAGCUCCAGUCUAGACACUCCUGAAGUUGAUGUUUCGCUGAGUACGGGUCGCGUGGUCCGUAUUUCUUCCGGCAGGUAUGCUCGUUUUGCCAAUGGAAGUGCCGUGGUCACUGUGGGCGAUACAGCAGUGAUGGUGACGGCAGUUGCCAAACAGAAACCCUCGAGCGCAAGCGGUUCAUUCCUGCCGCUUAUGGUGGACUAUCGUCAGAAGGCGGCAGCGGCCGGCAGGAUUCCCACCAACUUUUUGCGACGAGAGCUAGGUCCUUCCGAGAAGGAAAUCCUCGCAGCACGUUUGGUCGACCGAUCUGUAAGGCCGUUGUUUCCAGCGGAGUUUCGAUGCGACACACAGCUUGUGUGCAACAUGCUAGCCAUUGAUGCGAGUAAUUUGCCGGAUGUGCAGGCAAUCAAUGCCGCCUCGGCGGCACUCGCUUUGAGUGAUAUCCCGUGGAAUGGUCCGAUUGGGGCGGUCCGAGUCGGACUGGUCGAUAGCGAGAUCAUUAUUAACCCCACCAGGAGGGAACUUCAGUGUUCCUCGCUGGAUCUAAUCGUAGCGGCAACAAAGCAGAAUUUGGUCGUCAUGCUUGAAGGCCGGGGGAAUGUUGUGAAUGAGAACGAUUUCCGGAUGGCUGUGAAGAAAGGAACCCAGGAAGCUCAGUUGAUUAUCUAUGGUAUCGAGAGGUUGCAGAGAGCGUUUGGGAAGCCCAAGAGAGCGCUGGAACAGGUGCCUGAUGUCGAUCAGGAGAUCGAGGCAGCUGUGAGAACUAUGGCAGAGAUGAGGCUUCGGGAGAUUUUCAACGAUUUCGCUCAUGACAAAAUUAGCCGUGAUCAGGCGAUCACAAACACGAGAGUGGACACAAUCGAUAAGGUGUGGUCCAGCUAUCCAAGUGUGGAUCCAAUGCUUAUUACAGAAUACUUCAACCGGUUUGUAAAAACAGUUUUCCGAGGGUUGGUUUUUGAGGAUGACCGGCGCUGUGAUGGGCGCUUGAUGGACGACUUAAGGAGAAUCUCGUGCUCUGUGAAUAUCCAUAAACCAUUGCAUGGUUCGGCGCUUUUCCAGCGAGGACAAACUCAGGUAUUCGCAACGGUUGCACUGGAUUCUCCCGAGAGUGCGCUAAAGCUAGAUCCUAUCACUUCUCUGGACACAGGUAUCAAGUCGAAGAAUUUCUUCCUCCACUAUGAGUUCCCACCGUACGCGACUGGAGAAACUGGAAAAAUUGGCCCUGUUGGUCGACGGGAAAUAGGCCACGGAGCCCUCGCAGAGAAAGGUCUUCUCCCCAUCAUUCCAAAUCAACAUCCGUUCACGAUAAGACUGACCGCCGAAGUGCUGGAAUCGAAUGGGUCCAGUUCGAUGGCGACUGUUUGUGCCGGUUCGAUGGCACUGAUGGAUGCGGGCAUACCGGUGCAAGAAGCCGCAGCUGGUGUUGCCAUCGGAUUGAUCACAAAGUAUGAAAAUAACGAUACCAAACAUCUCGAAGAUUAUCGGAUACUGACGGAUUUACUCGGAAUCGAGGAUUACAUGGGCGAUAUGGACAUGAAGGUGGCGGGAACGCGAAAAGGCAUGACUGCAAUCCAAGCCGAUAUCAAAGUUCCCGGGAUACCGUUAAAGGUAGUUAUGGAAUCACUUCAAAAGGCGAUGGAAGCCCGACACAAAAUCCUCGACAUAAUGAACGAAACAAUUGGCAACACGCGAACGAUGAAAAAAGACUGUUGGCCCGUAACGGAUAAGCUGCUGAUUGAACCACAUCAGCGCACUAAACUUUUGGGGCCGGGGGGAAUGAACGUGCGGCGAUUGUACCUGGAAACCGGAGUUCAGGUGACGCAGGAAGACGAGAACACAUUCCGGAUAUUUGCUCCGUCGGACGCCGCCAUGCACGAGGCGAAAGAGUUUUUGGAACAUUUGAUGAAGACGGAGAAAAUUCCUGACCUGGAGUUCGGGGCGAUCUAUACGGCAAAGAUUGUUGAGCUGAGGGACACCGGAGUGAUGGUGACGCUGUAUCCGUCGAUGCCACCGACUUUGCUGCACAACUCGCAGUUGGAUCAACGAAAGAUUGCCCACCCAUCGGCGUUGGGACUGGAGGAGGGAACUGAAAUUCAAGUCAAGUACUUUGGUCGCGAUCCGGUGUCCGGGUUUAUGCGAUUAUCUCGCAAGGUUCUCCAGGGGCCAGCAAGCAGUGCGGUCAAGAAUUUGGACCGAUCGGCGCUGAACUCGAAUGGGAAUGGUGCCAGCGCAACGAAUGGUUCCAGUGGCAAGACGAAAAAUGGGGUCGACGAAAGAUCGUAGCUACUGUUGGAUAAAUUCUGUAUUCGAUUAGCGCUAUGAUAAAUAAUGAAAGCCUGUAUAAAGUUCAGUAAGAGUAUUUUAAGCUU